UGCGCGGCUCCGGCCCGGUCGGGUCCGGUCCGGUCCGGUCCGCGGGGCCCGGGCACAGCGCGCCCCGCCGCCCGCCAUGUCCCCCGCCGUCACGGCCAAGGAGGGCGGGCGGCAGCGGCGGGCCGGCGGCGGCCACGAGUACCUGGACGUGAGGAGCGAGGCGCCGCCCGCGCUGCGGCUCUGCGGUGACGGGGCGCCGCGCGGGCAGCCCGAGGCUGAGGCGCUGCUGCUGCCGCCGCCGGGGCCGGGCGGGCCGCGGGGCUGCCGCGCCGAGCUGGGCAGCAUCCUGCUGCUGCUGGUGCUGUACGUGCUGCAGGGCAUCCCGCUGGGGCUGGCGGGCAGCGUGCCGCUCAUCCUGCAGAGCAAGAGCGCCAGCUACACCGACCAGGCCUUCUUCAGCUUCGUCUUCUGGCCCUUCAGCCUCAAGCUGCUCUGGGCACCCUUGGUGGACGCCGUCUACCUGCGGCGCUUCGGGCGCCGCAAGUCCUGGCUGGUGCCCACGCAGUACGUCCUGGGGCUCUUCAUGCUCUACCUGUCCACGCGGGUGGACCUGCUGCUGGGCGACGGGGAGGGCCGCGGCCCCGACGUGGUGGCCCUCACCGUGGCUUUCUUCCUCUUCGAGUUCCUGGCGGCCACGCAGGACAUAGCGGUGGACGGCUGGGCCCUGACCAUGCUGUCGCGGGAGAACGUGGGCUACGCCUCCACCUGCAACUCCGUGGGGCAGACGGCCGGCUACUUCCUGGGCAAUGUCCUCUUCCUCGCCCUCGAGUCGGCCUCCUUCUGCAACAAGUACCUGCGCUUCCAGCCCCAGCCCCGAGGAAUCGUCACCCUCGCAGAUUUCCUUUUUUUCUGGGGAGCUGUCUUUUUAAUUACCACUACACUGGUUGCCCUUUUGAAAAAGGAGAACAAAGAAUUAACACCAACAAAAGAAGAGACAAAAGGUAUCACUGAUACAUACAAGCUGCUCUUCUCAAUAAUCAAGAUGCCAGCAGUUCUCACUUUCUGCCUCUUGAUUCUCACAGCAAAAGUUGGAUUUUCAGCAGCAGAUGCUGUAACAGGACUCAAAUUGGUGGAAGAGGGAGUACCUAAAGAGCACUUGGCUCUGCUAGCAGUUCCAAUGGUUCCUUUACAGAUAAUACUGCCUCUGAUUAUCAGCAAAUAUACAGCAGGCCCCCAACCACUGAACACAUUUUACAAAGCUAUGCCUUUUAGGUUACUGCUUGGACUGGAAUUUGCUUUUUUGGUGUGGUGGACUCCUAAAGUAAAACAUGAAGGAGGAUUUCCUAUGUACUACUAUGCUGUAGUAUUGUUGAGCUAUGCUUUACAUCAGAUAACACUGUAUAGCAUGUACGUUGCAAUAAUGGCUUUCAAUGCCAAAGUUAGUGAUCCACUGAUCGGAGGAACCUACAUGACGCUCCUAAAUACUGUGUCGAAUCUGGGAGGGAACUGGCCUUCCACUGUUGCACUCUGGCUUGUGGAUCCACUCACAGUGAAAGAAUGUGUAGGGGCCCAGGAACAGACCUGUGGAACUACAGUUGCUGCAGAACUCUGCACAAAAGCUGGUGGUUCCUGUGUUACUACCUUGGAUGGUUACUACGUGGAAUCUGUGGUUUGUGUCAUUCUGGGUUUUGGCUGGUGGUUCCUACUUGGGCCAAAAUUUAAAAAGCUGCAGGAUGAAGGACAGUCUUCAUGGAAGUGCAAGAGGACCAACUGAUGCAAUUUAAAUACUGGAUGGACUAGCAAGGUCAUUUUAGUUUUUAUUACAAAGACAUAUCCCAUAAUCAGUAAACAGGAAUAUAGGUAUUUUUAAAUGCCAAAUUGCUGAAAAAUGGGUGGCCAAGACAGUGGUAUAUGUACCACUUGCCUUCUCAAUAUGAAAACAUAUGUUCAGAAGGUAACCAUGAAAAGAAUGGCACCUAUAUACUACGUAAUGUCUGUGCUCUAGCUUCAGAGUCAUGGUUGCUGAUGCAACUGACAUCAGAAUUUCCAUAUAGUAACUAUGGAGGAGUGCUGUGUGUAUCUAAACAGCAACAUUGUCAGCUAAUUUCCAGCUCUUAAUUUUUCAAAGAGAAGUGAUCUAGCACAGUGAGUUGACCUGGGGAAGGAUGUCAGAGGCAUUUUGACUUACAGGUUAAGCAUGUUAUACUGGAUGAAUUGUGGGAAGAUAAAAUAUAUGUAGCUUUUUUCUUCUCACUUUAUGGACUGUAAACACUUCAAAGGAUGAAAUAAUGUUUCAAGAUUCUUUUAAAUGUAUUUUCUGGCUUUUAUAAGCUUUAAAGAUUUAUAAGAAAAUAUUUUUAUAAACAAAAUUACACUUAAUUUAUUUCCUCUGCUUCAAAACAUUUUGAUUUACAUUCAGGAUAAACUUUGAAGAAAAACCAGUGUAGGGUAGGACUUAAAUUAAGAGUAACGCACAAUACUCUAAGGCUUAAAUCCUGAAGAGGCAAACUGGGUAGUGUAGCAGCUAGCAUAGAAAACACUGACUUCAGAAAGAGUGGGCAUGCAGUUGUCCUGGAAGCAUUUGUUAUUUUGAGGGUGUGAAGUGGUACUGUUUGUUCCUGUAUGUCAUUAACAUUGAACAUCCAAAUUAAGUGAAUGGAAAAAAAUAUGUAUAUUCCAGCUAGGGGUAAGAAGAGAUGAUCAGUGCCUUUGGAAGUAAUUUGGUGAUGACAAACUUGCCAAACUCCCAGUGAGUCGGUAUACAGCUUACUGCUACGUGAAGCAAACAAGCUACAUCCUAUGGGAGAGCUGCUAUAGAAAUUCAUUCCUGAUGCUGUAUGGUAGAAACUUUCCUGUUGCAUUUAUCAAAAAUGACUUCCCUCCUGAGUGCCUUAGUGAUGUACAGCAUACUGUAGGCCUAGAGAAGGGGCACUUGUAUAUUCUGUUGGAUGGUAUGGCACAUCAUUAUCUAAAAAUUGAAAGUACCUAGGAAAGGUAGAAAUAAGGUUCACUUUAUUUCUUUUCUUGAUGACAUUGAAAGUAUUGCAUCCUGAGCUUUGUGUUCCAAGCUGUAAGGGGAAUUUGUUUUAGAAAAAAGUAAACAACUAACUUGUGACUAGCUGGAAGAGAUACAUGGGUGUAUAAAGAGUCUAUAUGACUUAAGGAGUAAAGUGUCCCGAAAAGAGCAGUAUGACAGAGUACUUGUUUGAGUACCAAAGACUGUUCCUCUUUCCCUCUGUCAUGCCCCGAAAGCAAAACUGAGCUGCAGAUUUUCCCCAGCUGUGAUCUGUGGUUGCAGCGUACCAACAAUAUUUUGGCAUUUUUUGUUUUGUUUUGAACAGAAAUUUAAAAAAGCUAGCUAAAAGCACAGUUUUCAUUAAGCAUUUUUGUUUCCCAAACUGAGUCAUCUUCCAAUUAAGUUAUUUCUAUCCUCUGGAUAAGCACAGAAAUAAUACAUCAGACUUGUAGUCAAACAUAAAUAUUUAUUUUCAGUCAUGGCCAGAUCAUCACCACUGGAUUAAGUAUGUAUCUUACAUUUAAAGUCUGAAUUUAUUGUAACCACCUGCCACUUAUUUUAAUAGUUGUCCAUGCUUGGAAUUUUUUUGAUUUUGCUAACUUCAAGGGAAAAACUUAGACUGUGGAAUAUGAGAAAUUAAAUUCAUAGAUGUUUUA